UCUCAGGUGUCAGGAGAGAGACAGUGUUUAACGCCAGCUCUUCACAGCACCCGAAGGACUUGAGCUACAAACAAGAUUCGUGACUUUCAACACAGACCCCUCUCAUCCCAUGAGACCUGUCGCAUUAUGAGAUCACUCUACUUAUUCCUGCUGGUCUACCUACAAGGGAGCUUCUUUGCAGGGGGAUCAAGAGCACAAAGAAAUUCAACAUGUGAUCCAGCAGAAACAUGUGGUCCGGUGCCAGAUCCGACCUCACGCUUCCUCCAGUGUGUGGGACUGCCGUCAGCAGACACGGGGCCGGACCACAUGCGCAGACUGAAAGCAAUGCUUGAGGCGACGAUGGAUAUGUACACCUUCAUGAAAUCCAGCGUGAAAGGCGUUCCACUUCUGAGCCUGCAGGGGGAGCUUCAGUUAAACUUGGACGCGGACCCUCUCCAGAACGAAGCCUUGGUCCAGAUGUGGCUGGAGGUCAAGAUGAAACCGCUGCUGAAAUCUAUCACCAAACAGUUCCUGACCUGCCUCAGUACCAAGAACUUCAGCUGCACCACCUACCAGACUGUAGUGCGGGAGCUCAGCCACCAUUACUCUGAGAUGGAUCCAGUCAGACAAAAGUGGAUCUACAUGUUCUUUAUGUACCCCUUCCUGUCUGGAGACAAAAUUGCUGGUUGUGUGAGUCCAGAUGAGAGCAGUGAGGAGUGGCUGAUGAAGAAUUUUGGUUCAUUCAGAGCCAUGGCUCGAAUGAAGGACCUUUCAACACUCAACAUGGUCUUCAGUGGACUGAAGGUUCUUCACCUGUUGACCCCAGAACAAAAGGCUGAACUGCUUUUGAGGCCUGAAGUCGCAGGUUUAGACAACGGCACCUUAUCCCUGGUCUUCCACAGUUUGCUGACAGGAGGCUCUGGCCCUCCACCCACUGCUAUGCCUGGAUGGGGCCAGAACUGGACGACUCCUGGAUGGGGCCAGAACUGGACGACUCCUGGAUGGGGCCAGAACUGGACGACUCCUGGAUGGAGCCAGAACUGGACGACUCCUGGAUGGGGUCAGAACUGGACGACUCCUGGAUGGGGUCAGAACUGGACGACUCCUGGAUGGGGCCAGAACUGGACAACUCCUGGAUGGGGCCAGAACUGGACGACUCCUGGAGGGGGUCAGAACUGGACGACUCCUGGAUGGGGCCAGAACUGGACGACUCCCGGAGGGGGCUCCACCUACACAAGCCCCAGAUACCCAUCUGUCUCACCCUCCUAUCCUCCACAACCUACAUAUAAGCCAUACCCACCGUCUCCACAGUACACCCUCAGAAAGGUUUUGAAGGGAGUGAUGACGGCUUUCAAACCUAUUGGGAGCUUCGUUCAUGACUUCGUGUCCUUCACACAAGAGAGGGAUGUGUCCGAAAUGAGAAGCACCACUCUGACUCAGUUCCUGCUCAACUGGACUCUGGCUGAACUGGCAGACAUGUAUCGGCCGCCAAACACAACCGCACUCCCAGAGAUGCCAAAGUUUGACUUGAUGAAUGUGGAGGACUGGUACCAACAAGUUGUGAUGCCACUGUUGCGGAGGUUCUUGCCGGAUGACGCAAUGCUGAUGCAUGAUAACGUCACACUCGCUUUUCACAAAGUGUUCUAUUUGGACCAUGGUAAGGGUGACGAACCCUCUGAAAUCCAGGAUGUCUGUAGCGUCACCCUUGAUAAGAACCCUUGCAUGCUGACUAACACAGUGAAAAAUGUGGCCCAUGUUCUGCAAUGUGCUGCCCGUACGAACCUGACAAUGACUGAGGAGACGGUCAUGAGACUAAUAGAAGAGCUGACCAAGCGUCUGAACUCACUGAUCAAAGAGUUGUCCACCGCAAACUUCACAGAGGUGGCGUCUGAAUUUCGCCAGAUCUUUCAUGAGCCGGAGUCUCCGUCUCUGGCCCAGGAACACCUGGAGGACCCGGACUUCAUCGAGCUCUGGUUCCAGAUCAAAGUGCUGCCGCUCCUGCCUGACAUACACCCAGACCUCCUCUCCUGCCUCAGCACCAAGAACUUCUCCUGCCCCACUUACCAAACCAUUGUGGCAGCUUUAAGCAGAUACAUGAGUGUUAUGGAUGUUGAUCCAAUGUACACUCAAAACAUCUAUGAGUACUUCAUCUAUCCCUUCCUGCUGCAUCACAACACCUCUGACCCUCAGUGUGUCUCUUCAGCCAAUAACAGUGCAGAAUGGCUGGAAAAAAAUUUUGGUUACUUCUCAAGAUUCGCCUCCAUCACUGACUUCUACCGACUCAACCCAAGGUUCUCUGGACUGGAGGUUCUACGUCUCCUGUCUCCAAACCAAACAGCAGAGAUGCUGGUGCUGCCUCUUCCUACUCCACCACAGAGAGACGUUGUUAUCGACGGAGUGUUUGACUUCCUCUUGGAGUCCACUGAGCUCAGGAAAUUACCAGAGGUCCUGCACUUUGUGGUCCGGCUCGCUGAAAAGGUCAAGCCUCCCUGUGAUGUCUACAAACAAAUUUUGGAGCGACUGCAGAAAGCAAUGCCAGCUUUGCCUCCAGACGUGGAAUCUGAAACUUGGGCUGGCAUUGAUGACCUGAUAAAUGUUGCACCAAUAGAGUGUGUGCCUGACAACCUCACGUGUCCAGUAACCCAGUUCAAUGAAACUAACAUCUGCAAAGGAGUCAACAGCUCUGAUCUACAAUCCUACUUAAACACAUCCAUGCCAGUUCCCUGCAAUGUUACCUUGGAGAAAUACGCUUGUGCACAGCUGGAGAACUUCACGGCCGAUCAGCUGGUGUCGCUGCUGAAGUGCAAUCUGCCUGGAAACAGCAGCCGCUCCAGAGUGCUGUGGAAGAUGCUGCUCACUAAAGUUUCUUCUGUUUUGGACCCAGCUCUGGACAUUCUGAGUGACAUGUCCAUGCCAGUGGUUAUUCCAUCAGCGGUGGAGAUUUUGGACGUGAUCGGAGAGAUUAGAGUGUCGAGGCUGACUGACGAGCAGCUGAUGAACAGCAGCGUGAUCAGGCUGUGGUUCUCAGGCCGUCUGAGCCGCUUCUUGCCGUCUGCUUCAGGAGGGUUUCUGCGCUGUUUGAGCAACAAGAACCUGAGCUGUCAGUCAUACCAGCAAAUACUGCCAGCAUUUAUUCAGCACUUUGAGAACAUGACCACAAGACAGCGGGACAUGGUCCUAAAGAGUUUCAUCCUCCGUGUCCUGCAGCAGCCACGCUCAGAUCCAGGCUGUGUGUCUGCCUCCAACACCAGCGCCGAGUGGCUCAAGAGGAAUCUGGGUCCAUUUUCAGCUCUGUUGUCGCUCAAAGAGCUGUUCAACCUCAACCCGCAAUUCAACCCUCUGGAGGUCAUACCUUUCCUGACUCCAAAGCAGAGUGCAGAGCUGGUGGUGCAGCCGUUUCCCAACCUGCCACAAAAAGAUGUCAUUAUCGACAGGCUCUUUGAUUACUUCACCGAGUCUCCUGAUGAAAAGAAAUUCUCAGAGUUUCUGUCUUAUCUCGUCACAUUCAGUCCACAGGGAAACCUUUCCUGUUCAUCGUACAAGACACUGUUUACGAGACUGGACUUGGCCAUGGCUACAGUUUCAGUUCACACAGCUUCAUCCAUCACAUACACUAAAACGGCCUUAUCCCAGCACAUACCACCUGGUUGCAUCAUAUACAGCACACAGUGCAAUGUGACCAUGACCAAUGAAACAGAUAUCUGUGCUGGAGUGAACAGCACCAAGCUUCAGCUCCUCCUCGACAGCGGAAACACGAACGGACGUGUCUGUGAAUUUUCUGUUGAGGAAUUUGCUUGUGCUUCGCUGCCCGCGCUGACAGCAAGGGAUCUGGCAGAGAUGCUGAAAUGUGAUCGCUCCUUCAACUCCAGUGGCUCCAGACCCGUCUGGAAGCUUCUCCUGUCCAAAGCCUCACUGGUUCUGGAUGGAGCUCUGGAUCUUCUCACCAACGCGACUUUCAACCCGAGGGAUCCUGCAGUGUCGAUGGUUCUGAACGCCAUACGAGAAAUCCGAUUUGACAACAUCAGCGUGUCCAGCAUCAAUGAUCCUGCCGUCAUCCAGCUGUGGUUUAACCGCCGCCUGCGCCCCUUCCUGUCUGCUGUCUCCCCUGACUUCCUCUCAUGUGUCAUCACAAAGGGCUUGAACUGCAGCACCUACCAGCGCAUUGUGCAGGUUUUGAGCCGUCUCCAGCCAAACAUGACGCUCGCCACCCAGAUGACUGUCUACACACACUUCAUCAAGGUUUUCCUGACCAGGAACGACACUGCAGACCCAGCCUGCAGUUCAAACAUAAACAGCAGUGGACAGUGGGUGCAGAAGAACCUGGGAGGUUUCUCUGCCAUCGCGCCCUUUGGAGACCUUCGCAUGCUCUACCCCGGAUUUUCACCGAUGGAAGCACUGUCGCAGCUGUCACCCAGACAGCUAGCAGAGCUGGCCUCCACACCUGGCCAGCUCACCUCCGCUGAACAGGUCAACAUGGUGAUGAAACACGUCCCCAACAACCUCCUCGCGGCAUUUUUUGAUGAUUACUCACCUGCUAUCGUGGGUCAUGAAAACUUGUUCCCCCCUCCAGUGAGGUCAGCCAUGUUACAAGUUGUGUUCAACCGUGCAAACCUCUCCGAUCACUCAGCAGUGAGUGAUUCAGCGUUGCUGAUUUGGCUCAACAAGCGGCUACAACCGCUGUUGUUCAACCUGUCGCCGAAUCAUGUCACACUGUUCUUCGGAAUACUGGCCGGAAGGAACUGCAGUACUGAGCAACAGGGUGUAGAGAACCUGAAUCUGACGAUCCCAACACUCAGCGAAAACACACAGACAGAAGUCUACAAUCACAUCAUAGAGACUCUCAGAGGCCCUGAACCGCUCCGUUGCUACGGUGACAACUUCAACCACAGUUUCUACACUUUCAUAGUGGGCUCAUUCGUCGGAUUCCAGUUCCCCAACCUGACCACCUUCCUGUCACUCAUGCCUCGUGACAAUAUGCAUCAGCUGGUGAACUCCAUCCCUGUGAUGGAUCUCGGGGCUCUCCUCCGUCACCGUGAUGUUGUCGACAACAGUGCACAGCUGUGUGUGCUCUACCAAAACUACGAGGAGAUACAGAUGUUUCUGGAGAAGGAGUCUCUCCCAGAGGUGGUGAGGCUGCCCACUCUGGAGUGCGUCUGGCCCAUAGCUCUCAGCAGCUCCAACAGGGCAGAUGUUAGGAGGUGGUUUAACAAAAGCCUUGUACGCUACUACCCUUUGCUUCAAAAGGAUCUGAUCAGCUCCAGCGCCACACAAAAUGCCUCCUGCUUGGCCUUCCAACAGUUUGUCAUAACUCUCGGUAACCACAACUACACUGCCGCAGACUUUACCAGGCAAGACGUGUUCACUACCAUCAGGGGUUACCUCGUCUCAGGCACGUUGCCAAGGUGUUACAACAGCAGCGACCCAGAGCUCAACUCCACGGCUUGGUUUGCUGAGUACAUCGGCCCCUUCAUGCCGUUUCUCACUCUGGAGUAUUUUCAGCAACUUGGAUCUGAGCAGGAUCUCCAAGUGUUCACAGUGAACCCUCUCAACAUUGCGCUCCUCAACCACUCGGUCUUACCUCAGAACCUCACCGACUACUACACUCAGCUCGUGUAUCAACAGGACGGCAAUUUCAACCCCUUACUUCUUCCUCUGCUGUGUCGGUGUGUCGCUCCUGGUCCAGCAUUCAGCCAGCUGACUGCAAAUGAAAGCAUGGUGCUUCUUCCCAACCUCACCGACCUCUGUACAGACCUGGACCCACAGAUCUCUGCUGCUUUGGCUGGUAACUUUGGUGACAAAAUCGAUGCCACGACCAUUGCUGCCCUCGGCAACGAAAGCAUCGGCAUGUCCACAGGACAGAUCAAGAUGAUAAACCCUCAGCAACUGUUUGCUGCCCUUACAACUCUCCGCCAAGUUAUGGGCUGGAACGAAGGCCAGGCCAGGGCCAUCAUCCAGGCUCUGAUGUCUUCAGGGAUGAUGAAGAUCAACAGCUCGUCAUCGUUGUUCAUGCUGGGCUCUCUCAUUGUGGGGGUACCCACCAGAGUGUUCAACAGCAUCAGUGUCUCCCAGCUGCUCACUGCAUCCAGAAACACUUCAAUUCUAUCACAGCUGGUGUUCGCCCCACAGGUCAUCCAGCAGACCUUUGUUACUCAGAUCAUAUCAGUGAACACCAACAGCGAGGGGAUCAUACAGAACAUUCCAGAUGAACUGGCCACUGAGAUUCCUCGAGCUCUGCUUGUCGGUUUCUCAAAUAGCAGCAGCGUCAUCACCACACUCAACAGGAAGAAAUGGAAACGGCAGCAGGCUGAGUUGUUCUUUAGUGUAAUUGGUGUGGAAACUGCGACCACACAGCUGGGAAGUCCAAGCAAUUUGUCGUCCACUGUCCUGCAAGGGUUCACAUGCACCGGAGUGAGGACGAUUCAAAGGGUGCAGGUCAAGAGGCUGAUCAGAGCCUGUCGGAGAAGAGGCAGGAACAGGGUCAGACUGGUGGAGACUCAGCUGACCUGCAUGUACAACUACAUUAGAGUUGACGCAGACGCCACUAACUUCACCCUCUAUCCUCCUGACAUGCUGCUGUACUACGAUUACUCAGUGGUGCCACAGUCCAGCUGCAGGUCCUAUUUUGAACAGCUGGCAGAUGCAGACUUCAGUGUUUUCUCGUCGACCCUCAGCUACAAGCGAAAUGACCUGUUUGAUAAUGCCAGGAGCUGCCUGGGUAUAACAAACACAAGCUUGACUGCGGAUGAUAUAUCAGUUUUGGGAAACAUGUGCUGCUAUCUGGAUGGAUCCUACAUCCAAAACUCUGAUCCGUCCAUCCUGGAGAAACUCAAGAACUGCCCUGAAAUUACUGAUGCUCAAGCAGCUGCUGUUGAAACCCUGCUGAGUAGCGGGAGAACACAAUACGGUGCUCCUUCAACGUGGGAUGAGCAAACCCUGAGGAACCUUGGGAUGUUACCGUUGUAUUUGAAGUCAACCUUCUAUGACAACUUCGACAAAAGAACAAAGCGCAGGUUCUUGAGGUACUUCCUGAGAGAGCUAAGGAGCAACAAAGUAAGCAGACAGAAGAGGAGGAGCCUGAAGAGAGAAAUAAGAAAGUCCAUUAGAAAGAAGUCAAAGCGAUCUGCAGACAACGAAUGCACUGUUGGAUUGAUCACCCAGGUGACCAUCAGCGAUGAAACAUUCCCAUUCGACUACGACGAUAUAAACCAGUUCAACUGCUGCCUCACAGCCGAGACGGUCAAAGACAACUUGAAUGCCAUCACUGAAAAGGUGGAUGAGGAGGAAUACCUCGAGAUUGUUCUCAGCAAGUUGCGAGAGGCUUACGCUGCCAGCUCUACCAUCCCAGAGGAUCAAAUUCAGGUCUUAGGCUCAGUGUCCCGUCUGGCCACUGCUGAAGACAUCAACAAGUGGACAAUCACUCAGAUCGACACACUUGCUGCUUUGAUGGACUCAUCAAAUGGGGAGUGGGACCCAAGCCUGGCUAAAGCCAUCAUCACUAAGUAUCUGAGUACAGAAGGGAACACACUUGGCAGUACAGAGCUGAACUUUAUUGGAGGACCAAACCUGUGCUCCCUGGACGCAGACGUUCUGAAGAACAUUUCCCAACAAAGCCUCAAAGAAGCCGAUGCCCUGGUCGUGUCCAACUGCACCACAGAGAAAAAGAAAGAACUGUUCAUCAUUGCCAGAGAAGCGUUUAGUGGAAAUGCUCGCUCAACUGUCUCCGUUCCCUCUUACCAGCUCAUACAGCCCUACAUGGGGGGUGCAACUUCAGAUUUUGUCAGGAGUUUAUCAACCGCAAACGUCAACAUGGACAUGACUACCUUCAUCAGUCUGGAUGAGAAUGUUGUGCUGAACCUGACUGUUACUGACGUUAAAAACCUUCUUGGCACCAACUUGCCGGAUCUCAAGUCCUACGAAAACCAAACGCAGGUACGAAGCUGGAUCAGCAGUAGGGCCCAGUCGCAGCUUGACACACUGGGUAUCGGGCUUGAAGGAGGCAGGGCUGACCCGACGACCUCCACCGCCACUACAACUGCCUCCGGCGCCACUACAACCGCCUCCGGCGCCGCGACAACCGCCUCCGGCGCCGCGACAACUGCCUCCGGCGCCGCGACAACCGCCUCCAGCGCUGCUACAACCGCCUCCGGCGCCACUACUACUGCCUCCGGUGUCACUACAACUGCCUCCGGUGCCACUACAACUGCCUCCGGCGCCACUACAACCGCCUCUGGCGUCACUACAACCGCCUCUGGCACCACCGCAUCUUCAACAUCAACAACAGCAACGACUGUUGGGUCUGGAUCCACGAAUUCCACAGCGAGUUCUGCUACCACCACAGGAAGUGGUUCCCGCAUCCGUGCAGACACUGGUUUCUCCCUCCUUGUUCUCCUUGUACUCCUCAUCACCUCUCAUCACGCUGUGAUGUGAAGAAAGCCGAUGGCUGAUUACUGUAAUUCACUGUCUAAAAUGCUGAAGUGGAUAUAAGGAUGAAAUAAUUUGUAUUUAUCACUAAUAGAAGUAAAUACUGUCAAAGAGAAGGGCAUUUACUACAUGCAAUAUUUUAUAUGCAACAACAGCACAGUAGAUGUAAAUAACAAACUCCUGAUUUUUUGAAUCAAUCAGGAGCAAAAUUAUUUUUAAGGUCAUUUAUAUUUAAUUUUCUUUUUUUUCUCUUUGGUUGUUAACGUGAUUAAACAGUUUCAGGUUCAAAACUGUGAAGUUAAACAGAAGAAUGAAGGUGACAGUUUCCACUGUAUUUGUCUUGCUGUAUCCAUUGUGACAAAGCACUUUCUUUAUGCAGGCUUCCCGUGAAAACGCUCUAUUAGAUCAAUAAUAAACAUAUAUUGUAUAUCACUGCAA